AUGUCUGGUGCUGUUCUGCUUUCCUUAUGCUGGUUGAUGCUGCAGUCAGCUGAUGGGGAACUAGAUUACACCACUUGGGGCCAGGGGAUGCAACUGCAGGGGGACUUCUCCAUCGCUGGACUCUUUCCUCUCUACUACACCAAUGAACCGAGUGGUUUGCCUGCUUUGGUUCCGUGCAGAGAAGGUAGACCCAACAAACAUGGAUUUCACCUGUUGCAGGCCAUGAGAUUUGCUGUGGAAGAAAUCAACAACAAAACAGGGCCUCUGUCUCUCCUACCAGGAGUGAAGCUCGGCUAUCAGAUGUAUGAUAUUUGCUCAGUACCGGCCAGUAUCCUGGCCACACUGGACAUGCUAGAGCAGCAGUACACAAAUGUUGCUAUGUCUGGGGCAGAGAGCAGCACAGACCGUAACUCCAGUGAAGCUGAAAAUACAGUGGCUGUGAUUGGGCCAGACAGCAGCAGCAAUUCUUUCACCCCUGCUGCUUUACUUGGAACCGUUCUUAUGCCACAGAUCUCUUAUGAAGCAUCAGAUGAGCAGCUGAGCAACAAGUUGUACUAUCCAUCUUUUUUCCGCACAAUUCCAAGCGACAAGAACCAGGUAGCCGCUAUGAUCCAGAUCCUGGUUCGUUUCAACUGGACCUGGAUUGCUCUCUUAGGCAGUGAGAAUAACUACGGGCUGCAGGGCAUGCAGAGUCUGUCCAAGCAAGCAUCCAGCUACGGCAUCUGCAUCGCCUACCAAGGAGUCAUCCCCCCGGCCAGCGCUGACACAGUCCAGAUCAUGAGGAACAUGGUGACAGACUUACUGACUACCCAAGUCAAUACCAUUGUGGUAUUCUCCAGCAAGACAAUACUCAGUGGCUUCUUCCCAUUUGUACUUGAGCGCAACAUAACAAAUAAAGUGUGGAUUGGGACAGAGGACUGGUCAGCGGCAACUCGUAUAUCAGGAAUAAGUGGAAUCAACACCAUUGGUACUGUGAUUGGUGUGUCCCUCAAAUAUGUAGCCAUUUCUGGAUUUGAAGAGUUUGAGAACAAGGUAGUCAAAGCUUCAAUGCAGUACACCAAGGAAAACACUAAUGUUACCAUGAGCAAUGGAAAUGACUGUAUACAGAGCACAGACCUAUACAGCCUUGCCAGGAAUAAUUACACUCUGGAGAAAUAUGACAUCACCGCUGCCUUCAAUGUGUACACGGCUGUAUAUGGUUUGGCUCAUGCUCUGCACAGUACACUUGAUUGUGAUGCUGGAAAGUGCAGCAAGAGAAGCGUGCAUCCAUGGGAGCUUCUUUCAUCACUAAAGCAGGUGCGAUUCUCCCUGGAGAACACCUCUGUCUACUUUGAUGCAAAUGGAGACCCACCCACAGGAUAUGAUAUUGUUACCUGGAUUUGGAGGGGGAGUGAGUGGUCUCUGAGAGUGGUGGGCUCCUUUACCCCAGACCCCAUUACACUGACAAUUGAUGCUGAUCAAAUAGAGUGGCAGGGAGAAGGAGACUCAAGAGAUGUGCCACUGUCCAUCUGUUCUCCACCCUGCCCAACAGGCCACAAGAAGCUGCUGACAGGGCAGCACUUGUGCUGUUUUGACUGCCAGGCCUGUCCUGCUGCCACAUUCCUCAAUAAAAGUGAGCCUACAAUAUGCCAGCCGUGUCUGCCGGAGCAGUGGGCACCCCCGAGCAGCGAGCAGUGUCUGAACAGAACCAUCCUGCUGCUGGAAUGGGAUGCCCCCCUCUCCAUUGCCCUGCUCUUCUUUUUUGCCACUUGUCUUCUCAUGAUCUCUGGCACUGCAAUAAUCCUCCUGCUCAACCUGAACACACCCGUAGCCAAGUCUGCCGGGGGCCGCACCUGCCUCCUGAUGCUGGCAGCCCUGACUGCCGCCACCAUAAGCUCUUUGUGCCAUUUUGGCCGGCCAUCGCCUCUGGCCUGCAUUUUCAAGCAGUCCCUAUUCAUGGACAGCUUCACUGUGUGCCUGACCUGCAUCACUGUGCGCGCCCUUCAGGUUGUCUGCAUUUUCAAAUUUGCAUCCAAGUUGCCACCGGCCUAUGACAAGUGGGCAAAAAAACACGGGCCAGAGUUCACAAUCUUCCUCGUGUCUGCUAUGAUCCUCAUCAUUUCUGUGCUCCGUGUGACCCUCGACCCUCCCAGGCCUUCCAGGGAUCUGGAAUUCUAUGAAGACUGCAUUGUGUUGGAGUGCAGCAAAACCCUCUCGCUCGGCUCCGGUGUUGAACUUGGUUAUGUAUCGCUGCUCAGCUUCCUCUGCUUCGUUUUCAGUUACAUGGGCAAAGACCUGCCAGCCAAUUACAAUGAGGCCAAGUGUGUCACCUUCAGCCUCAUGGUGUACAUGAUCUCCUGGAUAAGCUUCUUCACCCUCUACCUCAUCAGCAGAGACGCGUUCACCAUGGCCGCACAAGUGUUUGCCACACUCUUCAGCGUGCUGGCCUUCCUUGGAGGAUACUUCCUUCCCAAAAUUUAUAUUAUUGUGCUGAGGCCGCAAAUGAACACAACUGCACAUUUCCAGAACUGUAUUCAAAUGUACACCAUGAACAAAAAAUGA